AUGGCGAAUCUCCCUGCGCACGCCUCUCCGAAACUCGCCCCGCACUCUAUCGCACUCACCCAAACAGAUCCUGUAUCCGACAAUGCGAGCCAGGAAGACGGGAUUGCAACAGGUGAACAGACUCCUACGUUACCGCAAUCAUUCCUAUCGCCCGCGUUUACCCCACCUGUGACUCCCGGCGGAUCAUUGGAUUUUGCCACCAAUCCGACAGACCUCCUUCACAAGAGUCAAUCAGCUGCAAUCCAGCACAAAGAUGAACACGCAAAAGCUCCUAAGCUCCUGGAGCAGCUCCCGCGGGUAGAGUGUAUUGUGCGGGCGCGAAUUCCGACCUCUAACGGCGCCGAGAUGUUCCUGCACCUCUACCACAAUGACCUGGAUAAUAAGGAGCACUUGGCUAUUGUAUUUGGAAACAAUAUUCGCAGUCGCAGUCUCGACCGCGUUCACCCGGGGGAGACCGAGAUGGAUCGCAUGAUCCGAGGCGCAUAUGUAGGGAAGUUGCACCCGGGCCGAGUCAGCAGCUGGGAAGAUGACGGCAAGGCCGGAUCAAAUUCAUCGCCGCGCCGUAUGGAGCCCCCACUGGUGCGCAUUCAUUCUGAGUGUUAUACAGGAGAGACAGUGUGGUCGGCCCGAUGCGAUUGUGGUGAGCAGCUGGAUGAAGCGGCGCGAUUAAUGUCCCUCCCCGUUUCAGAUCUUUCGUCCAAAGCACCGGAGCUGCAGUCUCCACAAUCACAGUCCGCAGGGGGUGUCAUUAUCUACCUACGACAGGAGGGUCGAGGCAUUGGUCUCGGAGAGAAGUUGAAAGCGUAUAAUCUGCAGGACCUUGGGUCUGAUACCGUCGAAGCCAAUCUUUUGCUGCGGCAUCCGGCAGAUGCGCGAAGCUAUGGUUUGGCCACGGCCAUGUUGGUGGAUCUUGAUUGUGGAGCGGACACCAACCCAGACGGAAUCCGCUUGCUCACAAAUAAUCCUGACAAGGUGCGAGCUAUUGAAGGCCCCAAUCGGGAAGUGUUGGUGAAGGAGAGAGUUCCUAUGAUUCCUUUGGCCUGGCGAACUGGCGGCGAACGCGGUAUUAAGAGCUCCGAGAUUGAGGGUUACUUACAAACCAAGAUUUCGAAAAUGGGCCAUAUGAUUCAAUAA